CCGUACCAUGUUCCGUUCUCGCGAGACCUGUGAGCGGCCAUCUUGCUUUUGCCCCCGACGCAGUCUGUGGUCGGGGUCACAGGGACGCUAAGUCCGCGGCCUGGACCUUCGCUGACUAUGCUGUCCCGGGUGGUACUCUCUGCCGCUGCAGCGGCCCCCUCUCUGAAGAACGCUGCCCUCCUAGGUCCAGGAGUGUUGCAGGCAACAAGGGUCUUUCACACAGGACAGCCACGUCUUGCCCCUGUACCACCUCUUCCUGAACAUGGAGGAAAAGUUCGUCUUGGACUGAUCCCUGAGGAGUUCUUCCAGUUCCUUUAUCCUAAAACUGGUGUAACAGGACCUUAUGUGCUUGGAACUGGGCUUAUCUUGUAUUUUCUAUCCAAAGAAAUAUAUGUGAUUACCCCAGAGACAUUUUCUACUAUAUCAGUAGUAGGGUUACUUGUCUAUGCAGUUAAAAAAUAUGGUGCCGCUGUUGGAGAAUUUGCUGAUAAACUCAAUGAGGAAAAAAUUGCCCAACUAGAAGCAGCAAAGCAGGAUACCAUCCAACAAAUCCAGGAUGCAAUUGAUUUGGAGAAGUUGCAGCAGGCACUGGUUCAGAAGCGCCAUUAUCUUUUUGAUGUCCAGAGGAACAAUAUUGCUAUGGCCUUGGAGGUUACUUACCGGGAACGACUUCACAAAGUGUAUAAGGAGGUAAAGAACCGCUUGGACUAUCACAUUUCCGUGCAGAAUAUGAUGGUUCGAAAGGAACAAGAGCACAUGAUCAACUGGGUGGAGAAGCAUGUGGUGCAGAGCAUCUCCGCUCAGCAGGAAAAGGAGACAAUCGCCAAGUGCAUUGCAGAUCUGAAGCUGUUGGCAAAGAAGGCCCAGGCACAGCCAGUUCUGUGAAUGUUUCUAUCCCCAUUAGACAGCUAGAAACAGUUGUUUAGAAAUCCAUCUAUGUGGCAAAAUCUUUGUAUAUUGCUGUCUCCUGAAGUUACAGUUCAUCUGUCCUAAAAAUGAGAAGUUUGAGUUCCAUAUAGUGAACUAAGUCUUAUUGGCCAGUGAGAGGUUUCUCAUUCUUUUUACUCUGCAUUCUGAGUUGUUCCAUGAUCACUUUUGAAACAGGCAGUUUGCUUUUAAUAAGACUUGCUCCUUGACUGAAGAUUACCAAAUAAUAACUUAAAUUUGUAAUUAAUUUUACCAUCAUGAAAUAAAGUGAUAAUUUAAGCAAGGUU